AUGAGCAAGGUGGUGAGAUCAUCGAGUGAGUCAGAGGUGCAGUUCUGGGGAACAGAAGAGGAUGACAUGACAGAAGGUGAUCUAGGAUAUGGCCUCGGAAGAAGACCUGGUGGAAUUUAUGAAGUGGACAUUUCACAUUUACUUACAUCUAGAAAAAGAUCAGAUGGAAAGAACUUUAGCCCUCCCCCAUUUCUAAGAAAGGGGAAAGAGAGAAGUGGAGCCAUUUUUCAGUAUUUCAAGCAAAAGAACUUGCAAGACACCUGCCUUCAAGAGUCCAGGAUUUCCAGUUACAGACAACAAAGCAGCACUGGUUUUAAUUCAGAAUUGUCAAAUGAAGAUUUAAGGCAACGUCUUCAUGAAACUUUAGGGGAAGUAGAAAUUUUAAAAACUGAACUUGAGGCAUCUCAAAGACAACUUGAAGGUAAAGAGGAAGCAUUGAAAAUUCUUCAAAGCAUGGCAGUAUUUGGCAAAGCCACAAGUCAUACCCAGGCAAUGCUUCAAAAAACUAUGGAGCAAAAGAAAUCCUUGGAGAAGGAAAUAAAUGCCUUGCAGUGGGAAAUAGAAUUUGAUCAGAAUAGAUUUAAAAAUAUAGAGGAAUCGUGGACCCAAAAAUAUGAAAGACUAAACUGUGAAAAUGCAGUUCUCAAAGAGAAUCUGAAACUGAAAACAGAAGAAAUUAAAAUGCUAAAGUCUGAACAAGCAAUUUUGAAUAAACAAUACUUGGAGGCCCUCGCCAUACUUGAUAUAAAACAGCAGAAGAUGGCUCAGGAAAACAUGUGCCGGGAUAAAAAUGACUUUACAGAGGUGUCAGGUCUUGAGCUUGCAAUCCUUGGAGCCUGCCUUUGUCAUGGUCCUGGAGGGAGCCCCUGUUCUUGUGCCAGAAUGGCAGCAUCCACUCAUAAACUGGUUCUUCAGCUCAAAAACGAGUUGGAACUUUUGCAGAAGAGUAAAGAAGAAGCUUACACAAUGGCAGAUGCAUUCAGAAUUGCAUUUGAGCAACAAUUAAUGAGAAAAAAUGACCAGGCACUAAGAUUGACACAAAUGGAUAAAAUGUGUAAAAAAGCAACGAAACAGAUAAAUUGGAAGCACCUUAAAGAGGAUGGAGAUUCAUCACAAAGGAGUAAGAAGACCUUAGGGCAGAAACUGUUGGAUAUGUUGCCUUCAGAAAACAGUUCUAAGAGAACUGAAGACCAGGAUGAUCCUCAAGCAGUUUUUAGGAUGCUAAUAGAUCUGUUAAAUGAUAAAGAAGAAGCGCUGGCUCAUCAAAGAAAAGUUAGUUACAUGCUUGCUCGGGCACUGGAAGAAAAAGACACUGCCUCAAAAGAGAAUAAAAACAAAAAUCUGAUGAAAGAGAAUUUUCUACUCAAAAACCUCUGGCCUAAAACAUCAGAAUUCUCUCUUUUACAUGAUCCUGUACAUUCAAGUGUCCAAAUUAUUAAUUCUGUGGGCUGCAUUUGUUCAAUUCAGCAACCUCAACUAGAUCCAAAUAACACAAGAACUCUUAAGAGAGCCCAUUCUUUACCAUCAGGUAUUUCUUGAAGAUGAACCCGCUGGAAUUAGAACUGAGAGAUUUCCAAAUCAAGAGACUUGGAGGCUGGGGAUGUAGUUCAGUGGUAGAGUACUUGCCUGCCAUGUACAGACCUUGGGUUCAAUCCCUAACACCACAAAAAAAGGCUCUGAAAGAGAAUUGUAUACAUGUUUCUACAUCUUGAGCAAUAAAUUGUGUUUUCAAUGUUAA